AUGGCCUUAGCCACCCCGCCUCCAUCCACGUCGCUGAUCGAACCGCCUGAAUCUUCCGACGACGAGCCAACUAUCCAUCCACACCUGCAACGGUACUUCGCGUCUCUGACGGACUCGCACGUCAACUACAUGCGCUUCUUCUCCGCAUUGCUCAUCCCCAAGAACUCUCAGCCGCAAUUCUUCCGGGACAUCAAGCAGUUCCGCGAGCAAGCCACCAUCAUCUAUCUCCUGUACCCCGGCACGUCCGAGGCCUACCGUGAAGUAAGUCGGCGUUUCGUUGGCUCGAGAUUUGCCCAUCCGUGGUGCCGCGUGCAGAGUGAUUUCGGGUCAGGAUGGCAUCGGGCCAAUUGGGUCGGUGGCAACGGCAGACCCAACGAAAAGGUCAAGAAGGAAGAAGAGAGGCUACAUCGGCUGUUGGUGCCGAUCUGGAUUGCCAUGAGAAGGCGGAUGUUCCCUGGGGACGAAACCAUUAGGGAGUGGGUUGCAAGUGAGGAUGAGAAGGCCGCCGCCGCCGCCGCCGAGAAGGAGCGGGCCCGACUGAAAGACGAGGAGAUUGCUUCUCAGUCGAACCCGCAUGUCUUGGCGCCGUCCCCGUCCCUGUCUUCGGGAGCAGACACGAUGGUGUAUCCCGAACUCGGGUUCGCGACAGGACCUCGGAAAGCAUCAUCUGCAGCCGCAUCUGCAUCCUCAUCCGCAUUGGCGGCAUCACAACCAUCGAGCCCGGGCGCAGAGGCGGCGUCGAAAAUGUUUCUCGGCGUGGCCGUCACGGGCUUCAUCAUGAGCGACAAGCGCGUCAAGAAAUACGUCAAGAAGAAAUUGUCAAAGAAGUGA